AUGUUUGGCCCUCCCGGCACCGGCAAGACGCUGCUCGCAAAGGCGCUCGCGGCCAAUUGCACCAAUAAGGAGUUAGUUGAUAGCCAAGCGCUGGCGACCGAGUGCGGCACCACCUUCUUCUCGGUCACAUCCUCCACACUCGGCUCCAAGUACCGCGGCGACGCGGAGCGGAUGGUGCGGCUCCUCUUCGAGAUGGCGCGCUUCUACGCACCGUCCACCAUCUUCAUCGACGAGGUCGACUCGCUCGCCUCGCAGCGGGGCUCGACGGGCGAGCACGGCGGCGCGCCGCCAGGGCGCGUCCGGGGCACAUCACCGGAGUCUGAUGCUGGCCCUCUGCGCGUCCAGAUGGACGGCGUGGGCGGCGGCGGCGCCGAGGACGGCGAGUGCAAGAAUGUGAUGGGGCUGCGGCACGACGAGAUCCGCAGGCUCAAGCGCGAGGACACAGACACGCCGCUCUGCCAGGACGACAUCGAGCAGUCGCUGCUGCGCAUCAACAAGACGGUGAGCGAGAGCGACCUCGGCCGGUUCGAGGAGUGGCUCAAGGAGUUUGGCUCGACCUGAGACCCUGAGUGUGCGCGGUUCAGUUUUUAUCAUUGGAUGAGGGGCUUUAGUUACCUGUCCCGGCUUCGUGUGUCUGCCAGUGUGACUCUUGUCAUGUGUAUUGCUCGAUAUGCUUCUUUCAUGAUUC